AUGGACGAGCUAAAAGACGGGUCUUUGUGUAACGGGGACAAUCUAUCUUUGUCAUCAGCUGGGACUGAGUCGUGCCCUGUGUCAACCACCCCAGACCUGCCACCGUCACUCCUGAACACCCUAGACCCAACCCACCUGGGGCUCCCAGAGCAACUGGCCUCUGUCACAGUACCCAUCCGCCUAGACACCCUGUCCUACCUCCUACACAGUGCUCUCCUGGGGACCUACAACCUCCAGCAGUCCUUACCCCCUUGCUCCUGCGCUGCCCAGCCAAGCCACAUCUGGCCAGACACAGUCAGGAGGCCACCCAGGAGAUCGGGCCAGGCCCGUGGGGGCUGGGAAGUUCGACGCAGGCCUUUCCGGGGCUGGGGCAGAGGCCGGGUACAGUCACAAAGGGGGCCUGGAAGAGCUGAAGAGCUGGAGAGGAUGGAGAGGAGCAUGGCAGGGUGUCCUGGGGCUGGCCCCAGUACCCCACCAGUGACACCACCAUCCCAGGAUGGGCAGAAGGAAGCUGGAAGGCUGUCUGAAGACUGGGAAACAGACUACUAGGACCUUGAAGAGCGUCCAGUACCUGGUCACCCAGUGUUCUCAAUACUUCAGAAAUACCCUGAGAAAUAUUAUUCCUACAGUUUCCCCAGUCCCCAGACUACAACCUCUGAAGGCCUCCUGCAGAUGAUCACCUGGUAAACCUCCUGCAGAUCACCAAACCAGUCCUAGAAAUAAGAAAACUCCUGUGCCCAGACUCACAGCAUCCCAACCCAGCUACUUACGAUUCCAGUUUGUUCUCAGUGCUCUCAAGGCUGCUCCAGCCUCAUUUCCUGACCAAAUCACCCCUGAAAAGCUCUUCCUCUCUCUAUUCUACAGUCGGCCCAUCUUCACUACUCCCCCAACCCCACACACACACCUCUUGGUCUUCAGUCCAAAUCCACUCUCUCAUCCCUAAUUUGUUGGUUUGCUGGUGUUUGUUUUUUUUCCAGUGCUAGCCUCCUGUGUGCUAGUGAAACUCUGAAGUAAACUGUGAUCCUCUUAUUUUUAUCCUGAGAAAGAGUCUCGACAAGUAUUCAAGCUGGCCUUGAAUUUUCGAUCCUCUUGUCUCAGCUUCCAAGUAUCUGAGAUUAAAGGUCUGGUCCACAAGGCCUCCCAUCAUUCCCAGCUCAUUUUGCUUUGUUUUAAAACCAGUCCUCCUCUCUGAGUCACUCCAGUGUUAAGAUCGGUGUGGACUACUAGCCUAGGCUCGUUCCCCACUUCCUGGUCCUCAGUUUGCAUUCACUAUAUCUCAUAUUGACCUUCACUUAACAAUAGUACUCUGUUCAACUCGAGCCUCAGCCCCAGCAUCUACUAUGUCCCAGCCCAGCUCUGACAAGCCCUUGAUCCUACCCGACCAAGAACCCCUUGGCCUGACAUGUCUAGACACCUGUACCCACCUCCACCAUUGCUGCUU